AUGCGAUGUAAAUCUAAUGGAAAUAACUCGGGUACAAUGCACAUCCUUUCAUUAUUGAGGGUUACUAUUCCAUCUAGCAGUAAGUUCUACAAUUUAACACAAUUAACAAAAUAUGACGAGGAAAAGACAAUCCUUAAUAGCUCCUUGGGUGAAAGAGUUGUGUCAGGAAUAACAAGAUCACAACAAGUUCGAUGCUUAGCUGCACCUGGGGGAAAGGCAGUCUUCAAGCGCGACAAACCACAUCUGAAUGUUGGUACUAUAGGACAUGUUGAUCAUGGUAAAACAACGCUGACCUCUGCUAUCACUAAAGUCCUGGCUGCAACAAAAGGAGCCAAGUUCCGCAAAUACGAGGAUAUCGAUAAUGCCCCUGAAGAAAAAGCAAGAGUUGAAGUGUGUAGUUUAGGAAUUACCAUCAAUGCAUUCCAUCUCGAGUAUGAAACAGCUAAACGACAUUAUGCUCAUAUUGACUGCCCCGGACAUGCCGAUUAUAUCAAAAAUAUGAUCACUGGAGCAGCACAGAUGGAGGGAGCCAUUCUCGUUGUUGCCGCUACUGAUGGUGCCAUGCCUCAGACUCGAGAACAUCUGCUUCUCGCUCACCAAGUGGGUAUCCCAAAGGAGAAUGUAGCGGUGUAUUUGAAUAAGGUAAUCUUUGGCUCUGCUCUAUGCGCUCUUGAGGGAAAACAGCCAGAAAUUGGCGAAGAGUCUAUCAAGAAGCUUCUGGACGUUCUUGACAAUCACUUCGUAAUUCCCGAAAGAAAAAUUGACACCGAAGCUAUGUUUGCUGCUGAACACGUGUAUUCAAUUCAAGUUCAUGGACCUCUUGUUAGUCAGCGUGGUUUACGUACCUCGAUAUCUGAUAUUAAAAAAACAGGAGGCAGACGACAUCUUGCAUAUAUACAAAUAAAGCAUAGACAACUUGUAGAUGUUGACUUCCCAUCUUCACUUUACGUUCUUAAACCAACGGAGGGAGGAUCUAAGACGCCUAUCGCCAAUUAUUUCACUGAACACGUCUUCUCACUUACAUGGGAUGCGUCUGGAUUGCUCAAGAUUAUUGGUAAAGACUUCGUCAUGCCUGGAGAGGCGGCUGAGGUUGAGAUACGCUUGAAUCAGAAGAUGUUUAUCGAACCUCAACAACGAUUUACGAUUCGUCAAGGAACGACCACUACGGGAACAGGAGUCUUUACCGAACUGCUUCCACCACAGACCGAAGAGGAGAAGGCAGCGAUUACUUUUUUUAAAAUUAUUUUCCCAGAUCUCCUUUUCAUGCUUCAACUAUCUGCCCUUUAG